AGAGAUGGAGAAGGGACGGUGAGAGAUGGAGGGGGGAGACGGUGAGAGAAGAUGGGCGCGCGUGUGUCGGUGUGCGUGCAGAGGAGCUGCGGGAGGCCUUGCCGAUGGACACGGCCGUGUACGAGAGCCCGUACGCGGACCCGGAGGAGAUCCGCCCCGAGGCGGUGGAGCUGGACCGCAGCCUGCUCACCCUGGAGGAAGGAGAGCUCGGGGCCGGAAACUUCGGCACCGUCAAGAAGGGCUUCUACCGCAUGAAGAAGGGGGACAAGGCGGUGGCGGUGAAGAUCCUGAAGGACGGCGGCGGCGGCGGAGGCGGCGGCGUCGACGAGGCGGUGAAGGAGGAGCUGCUGCGGGAGGCGGACGUCAUGCGGCGCCUGGACAACCCCUACAUCGUCCGCAUGAUCGGCCUCUGCCGCGCCGAGGCCUGGAUGCUCGUCAUGGAGCUCGCCGACCUGGGACCCCUCAACAAGUACCUGCAGAAGAACCGUCACGUGCAGGCCCGGAACCUGACGGAGCUGGUGCAUCAGGUGUGCAUGGGCAUGCGCUACCUGGAGGAGAACAGCUUCGUGCACCGUGACCUGGCCGCGCGAAACGUCCUGCUCGUCACGCAGCACUACGCCAAGAUCAGCGACUUCGGCCUCUCCAAAGCCCUCAACGCCGACCAGAACUACUACAGGGCGCAGACGCACGGGAAGUGGCCGGUGAAGUGGUACGCCCCGAGUGCAUCAACUACUACAAGUCUCCAGCAGAGCGACGUGUGGAGCUUCGGGGUGCUCAUGUGGGAGGCCUUCUCCUACGGACAGAAGCCCUACAAGGGCAUGAAGGGCAGCGAGGUGUCGGCGAUGCUGGAGAAGGGGGAGCGGAUGCAGAGCCCGGAGGGCUGCCCGGUGGAGGUGUACGACCUCAUGAAAAUCUGCUGGACCUACAAGGUGGAGGAGCGUCCGGAUUUCGCGGCGGUCGAGCUGCGGCUGCGGAAUUACUACUACGACAUCUCCAACUAGACGCCACCGCCGGGUUCCCCCCACGCCCUCGGACCCCAACCCCCCCGUUCCCCGCCCCGCGACGACUUACUGAGCGCCGCCUCGGGGCCGAGCACUGUGCCGAGCGCCGCGGAGGGCACGGCGGAGCCGCUCCGCGCCAAGCGCCGGGGAGGACGCCCGAGAGGAGACGCGGGAUCCCCGCCCUUCGGGGGAACUGACGGCCUACCGGGGGCGGAGCGCUGUGCUGAACGCCGAGGCGAGCUCGCCGGAGUCAGGAGACGCCGUCCCGGCCCUCGGGGAGCCGAGGGCCCGCUGGGCAUCUGCCGUGUGCUGGGCGCCGGGCCGGGCGCCGCCCCCGGGCAGCCCUCCCUGCCGGGGGGACGGCGGGGACCCCGGGUUCCGAUCCCGGGGCUGCCUCCGUUUCCCCGACUGUACGGUGAAGCGGGCGUGGACACGUCGGGGGCGACGUGGAGAUUGUGAUUUCUAAUAAAACGAAAGAAAAAGAGGAAA